AUGUCUUCAGUCGAGAACGCCUCGGUCGAGAAGCCGGGCGGGCGAACCCGACGGCCGCGAGAGGAGGAGGGAGAGGACUCGGACGACGCUGCGCGCGGAAAACCCUGCAUUUAUUGCAGCAAGAAUCCCAUCGAAUUUCGGACCGUUCCCUGCGGUCAUGCAGUGUCCUGUCGAAAAUGCGCCAUGCGGUUGGCCACUGGGGGAAAAUGCAAGAAGUGCGGCGUUCUGUUUGCUUCCUGGGAGCGCUUAUGAUUGCAUCUUAUCGGAGACACGUACUACGAGUAAGUCCCGUUUUAUUGCGACGCAGAGUCGAAACAUCCAACGUGUAGCUGAUAUGUCACGUAUUAUACCGCAGCUCGUGCUCGAGCUCCGCCCACACUAUUGCAAAAUCAUUUGCUGACACCUGGCUGAAAG